AUGACAGCCCAAGAUACCUUCGAUGAGUCCGACUAUGGAGGGAAAGACGCAUGGCUAUUCCUGGCCGCGGCGUUUAUGGUCGAGUCCUUAGUUUGGGGGUUUCCAUUUUCAUAUGGUGUCUUCCAGCAAUAUUACAGCACUCAUGAACCGUUCGCCGGAUCCAGCAACAUCGCCCUAAUCGGCACCGUAUCCUCCGGAAUCAUGUACCUCGACUCCCUUAUCGUCUUCGGUGCCAUGAAAGCCUUCCCCAAACUCCGCCGCCCCUUCGCCGUCAUCGGCCUGGUCAUCCUCUGCCUCGCCCUCGGCCUCAGUUCUUUUUCCCAGACCGUCACCCACCUCAUCGCCACCCAAGGCCUCCUCUACGGCAUCGGCGGCUCCAUCGCCUAUUCCCCCACCAUUCUCUUCUUAAACGAGUGGUUCAUCCGCCGCAAAGGCCUCGCCUUCGGCAUCAUGUGGGCUGGCACUGGGCUUGCCGGUGUCGUCCUCCCCUUCCUCAUGCAAUGGCUCCUCGACUCCUACGGCUUCCGUACCACCCUGCGCAUCUGGGCGCUGGCCGUGUGCAUCCUGACCGCCCCGCUGCUCUACUACCUCAAACCACGGCUACCGGUCUCUCCGGCGAUGCACGCGCGGCGCCUCGAUUUCCGGUUCGCCACGACCCGGGUCUUCGGCAUGCUGCAGAUCGGCAGCGUGGUCGAGUCGCUGGGGUUCUUUCUGCCGUCGAUCUACCUGCCGAUGCACGCGACAGCGCUGGGAGCGUCGGGGUUCAAGUCGUCGCUGACGUUGACGCUGCUGAACUUGAUGAGCGUAGUAGGGUGCGUGUUCAUGGGAAUCGCGGUGGAUCGGUUCCAUAUCACGACGUGUAUCAUGUUGUCGACGGUGGGAACGUGCGUCGCGGUGUUUCUCUUCUGGGGGCUGGCGUCGAACCUUACGCUGCUGUACCUGUUCAGCAUGAUCUACGGGCUUUUCGCCGGGAGUUAUUCGACGACGUGGUCGGGCAUCGUGCGUGAUGUGCAGAAGGUGAACAACGCUGCGGAUACGGGGUUGAUUUUUGCGCUGCUGGCGGUCGGGAAGGGUUUAGGGAAUGUGGUCUCGGGUCCCCUUAGUGAGGUGUUGUUGAAGGCUGGAACGGGGUGGGGAGGGAGAUCGAAGUUCGCGUAUGACAAUGGGUAUGGAGGGUUGAUUGCAUUUACUGGAGUGACGGCCUUCUUUGGAGGGUUUAGCUAUCUUGGGCAUCGGGUUGGGUGGAUUUGA